UACAUUCUCUCUCUCCAUUGCUCUCUUUCUCUCUCUCUCCAAAGUGUAUUCAAGAACUGCCGCCGCAGUUGCCCCACGGUGAUGGUGCCGGUGGUGAAGGAAGGAAAUGGAGGCUGUGGAGCAAGUUUUGGAGCCGCCGUGCAGCCAGAAUAAAUUAGACAUCUCCGCCGUCGCCAAAGGCAAGCGUACCAAGAGACACAGGCCUCAUUCGCCAAUUCCCUUCACCGUCACCCCACCCCCCACCAUUGCUGGAGAAUACGGAACCACCGCCAGUCCCGGCUUCUCCACCGCCUCAGAGGAGGAGAGCACCACCACGGAGGAAGAGGACACCGCUAGAUGCCUGAUCCUCUUGUCCCAAGGCUAUAUAUCGUCAAACAACAAGAAUGAUGAUGUUCGCAAUUUUCAACAUUUCAAACAAAGUGCCAACCCGACGGCGACAGCCGCCGUAGCCACCGAGAAGGUCAGCGGCGCUUGCCAGUAUGCAUGCAAGACGUGUGACCGGGUUUUCCCUUCGUUCCAGGCCCUCGGCGGCCACCGGGCCAGCCACAGGAAGCCCAAGAACGAGAAAAAAUCAGCAUUUUUCUCCGAUGAAGAAGAUUUGCCGUCACCAUCAACGUUAUCAUCCAAGAGAAAAUUGCCACCCAACCCUCUUUCUCUUCAAUUGAACAACAUUUCCGGCGCCGGCGUCCCGAAGCCGUCACCUUCCCUGAGAAUUCACGAGUGCUCCUAUUGCGGGGCGGAGUUCACGUCAGGCCAGGCCCUCGGGGGACACAUGAGGCGGCACCGGGGCGGCCCUAUCAGCCCGUCAUCGAAUCCGCAACCAGCUUCUAAAUAUUUCAUUGAAGUGCCGGAGCCCGCGGAAAGGAAGAAGCCCAGAAUCGGAUUGUCGUUGGAUCUCAACCUGCCGGCGCCGGACGUCGAUGAGAAUCAGAGGUUUGCGGGCUUUGCUACAAGGCAACAGAAAAGCCCGGAGAAGUUGGUUUUAUCCACCACCACCCCGACACUGGUUGACUGCCAUUAUUAAUUAGAUCAGAAGGUUCAAUUAUUUUUAAUACAUUGAUCUUCAAACACAAGCUCGCUAGAAAAUGAAUUUAUUCUUUUUUCCUUUUAAUUUUAUU